AUGCCUAUCCCUUCGCUGCCACUUUUCGUGGCGGCGCAACAAACUGCCAAAGAUGACCCAAAGAAGAUUGCAGUGAUCGAUGUGACCAAGAAGGAAUCGUUCACUUUUACACAACUUCUUGAAGAUGCAGCCGCGCUCCGGAAGCAUAUCAUCGAAACCCUAGGAUCGACGUCAUCAGGAGAUCUCAAUGAGCAGCGAGUGGCAUAUCUGUGCCCUGCUGGGUAUGACUACGUUGUCACAAGCUGGGCAAUUUGGGCUGCUGGAGGCGUUUGUGUACCACUAUGCACAUCCCACCCUGUCAAGGAGCUUCUGUAUACAAUUGAAGACUCAGAUCCUUCCCUAAUUAUCAUUCAUCCCGCCUUCGAGAAAGUUGCGCCAGCUCUUCGCGAGGCAGUGCCCAUCCAAAUCCCUUUCAUCGGCCUCGACCCUUUCACCCGCAAUGACAACCCGUCCCUACCGUCUUUCUCUUCGCCGUUCCCAUUGGACCGGAGAGCCUUGAUGAUCUACACAAGUGGCACAACUUCAAAUCCCAAGGGAUGUGUGACAACACAUGAGAACAUUAUUUUCCAAGCCAGCUGUCUCGUCACGGCCUGGGACUAUGGACCUUCCGACCACUUGAUUCAUGUUCUCCCACUACACCAUGUCCAUGGCAUUAUAAAUGGACUUACAGCCAGUCUCUUAAGCGGAGCUACAGUGGAAAUGCACCCCAAGUUCGAUCCGAAAGUCAUCUGGGAGCGAUGGCAGGACCGCGGUUCUUCAACCAUGUUCAUGGCAGUGCCCACUAUAUACUCUCGCCUAAACGAUUACUUUGACGCCCACAUUCGCGGAACAGAGAACGAGACCUCAACCAGAGCCGGUGCAAAGGCUUUGCGUCUAGUUGUCAGUGGAUCAGCUGCACUUCCGACCCCAAUCAAAGCCAAAUUCGCCGAAAUUACAGGCCAAGUUUUGCUCGAGCGUUAUGGUAUGACGGAGAUUGGCAUGGGUAUAAGCUGUGGGCUGGAAGUGGAGAAGCGCAUUGACGGCAGCGUUGGCUGGCCUUUGCCAGGUGUGCAGGUUCGUCUGACAGAGAAGGAGACUGGUCGGAUUAUCGAUGCAGUCGACGAAGAUGGAAUGAUUGAAAUCAAGGGAAUGAAUGUCUUCCGUGAAUACUGGAGGAGGCCCGAAGCUACCGCCUCGGAGUUUACAGCAGAUGGAUGGUUCAAGACUGGUGAUUGCGCUGUUCGUGAUUCAACCGGUGCAUACUUCAUUCAAGGUCGUGCCAGCGUCGACAUUAUUAAAUCCGGAGGCUACAAGAUUUCCGCCCUACAGGUGGAACGUGUUAUGCUUGCCUUAUGCCAGAUUCAAGAGGUGGCUGUUGUUGGAUUAAAAGACAUUGAAUGGGGGGAACGAGUUGCUGCUGUAGUGAAAUUCCGCGAAGGUGCCGAAAUGGACUUGCAGACCCUUCGCGCUGAACUCAAGAAGGAAUUGGCGGCAUAUAAGGUGCCUUCUGUUCUGAAGACUGUCGAUAAUAUAGAGCGAAAUGCUAUGGGGAAGGUAAACAAGAAGAUUCUGGUUCAAAAGUACUGGCCGGAGAGAGCUUGA